UUCCUCAGGCAAGAGGGAGGGCAACAGAAGGGGCAAGACGUAACAACAGUCUCAUUCUUGUUGUGUGAGAUCACAGGGUAGCAGAAUGUGUUGAUAAUUGAGGGCAGGAUUGUACAAGAAAGAAGAAGAAAUUCGCUGAGGAAGGGAGGGUGAACAGAAAGAUACGUGGACUGGAAGCUUGUGGCUAGGAGGAGACACAAACUCAUUACAUUGGUUGGAAAUAUUUUUUACAGGGACUCACAAAACUGUAACAAGGAAAAAAAAUGAACUUUCUGAAUGUGCUGGCUAAGGCUUUGUAUGACAACGCUGCCGAGUCGCCAGAUGAACUGUCCUUCCGUAAGGGGGACAUCCUGACCGUGUUGGAACACGACACACAAGGGCUCGACGGGUGGUGGCUCUGUUCACUUCAUGGUCGCCAAGGCAUUGUCCCCGGCAACCGUCUUAAGGUCCUUGUUGGCAUGUAUGAUAAACAACAAGAACACGGAAGUCCUUGCCUAAUAGAUCCAGCUUCGUCGUGUCCCAUUUCCCAGAUGCAGCGACCCCCCCACACACACAGUGGAUCCACUCAACCUUCAUCAGCUCAGUACACACCGAUGUCCUCAAUUUACUCCACACCAAAUCCCGCACAGCCCAAAUCUGAUUCUGUCUACAUGAUUCCGCCUUUGCAUGGCCCCAAGCCAAGUCCCCAAAUUCUGUACCAAGUUCCCUCUGGCCCAAGUGGACCACCUCUUAAUGUCAAACCAGAACUGACAAUUCAGGCCCCAGCGCUAGCACAAAUUCAGUGUGAGAUUUCUGGGGAGGAUGUCUACCAGGUGCCGCCUUCUUUAAGUCUGGGGCUAAACCAAGGAAUUACCCAGGCUGCCUCCUUUGUCGGAAAGGACGUGUACCAGGUGCCCCCCUCUCUGGAAAAGAGCACCUGGGAGGAUAGCAAGACACUUGGUAAGGGUUUUGCAGCUACUCAUGUGGGCCCAGUCUAUGCCUAUGACACAAUGAAGAAAGACCAUGAUAAGUAUGGUGUUCCAACCAGACACAAAUUUUUAACCCAGCAGGACAUAUACGAUGUGCCUCCUGCCCGUGACAAAUACAACACCCAGGUUUAUGAUUUCCCACCCACAGUUAGUAAAGAUGUUCCUGUCACUCAUCUAAUAAAAGAGGAGACCUAUGAUGUGCCAUCCCAUUUGACCAAAAAGAAACCCCAAGCCUCCGCUCCUUCUGGCCAGUACAUGUUUGGUAGUCCGAACGAAGACCACAAACAGACUCUAGUGCCUGAGGAUGUCUACGACGUCCCGCCUCCAACAUUAACCAAAAAACAUGGACAAAGAGAUCGAGUUAGCGCGUUGGCUCAGGACAUAUACAACUUUCCAGCUAGCGUGCACCACGGAGGUCAACCUACCCCAGAUGUUUAUGACAUCCCGAGAGAGCAAGAGGAGGGAGGAGAGAGCGAAUGCACAAAUAUCUACGAUGUUCCUCCACAGGUUGUCCGUGAUGCCCAGUUCCCAAGUGAGGAUCUCUACCGGGCGUUCAAGCGACUCUCUGCCUCGAGCACAGGGAGCACGCUCAGCGACAACUCCGCUUCAUCCUCGGACAUGCUCCCUGUCGCUGACAAUGACUUUUUCUCAUCCUCUCCUGCCCCGGGCUUAUUUCCUGGAAAACCCCUUCUGUUAGACCUGGACCCGGCCAUGGAGCGCCUUUCCCGCCUUCAACAAGCCGUCGAGUCGAGUGUCUCCGUAAUGAUGUCGUUCGUCACGAGCGACUGGCGAAGCCCGGAUAACCUGGAGGGGAAUCUUCCGGCCAUUCGCCAGACCGCCGAUCGGGUAUGCGUCGCUCUCCGAGACUUCCUAGAAUUUUCCCGGGGCGCCGUAGCAAAUGCCGGCCAGGCCACGGACCGCUCGCUGCAGGCCAAAUUGGGCCGCCAGGUGGGCAAAUUGGAGGAGGUCUUUCAGAGUUUGAUUAUGCAGACUCAGAGUUUAGAUGCCAUUUCUUGGUUGCAUACAGAACUUGCCAAACCGCAACCAGGAGGAGAUGUCUUAGAUCAACUAAUAAUGACAGUGCGUGGAAUCCCGGAUGACACCAAACAGCUUACUUCCUUUCUCCACGGAAAUGGCUCAUUGCUCUUCAAGCGGAGUCCCCAGCAACAGUUACCGCUUCCUCCGUUACCAGGAAGGAUGAGCUGUCACGGGAUGGGACCAGAAGGUGGGAGCUAUCAUGUAGGCGAGAGGAUAAGCAUUCAGUCCAGACCCUUACCCUCGCCGCCAAAGUUUGCAGCUGCAGAGGAAGAGGGAGGUGAUGACGGCCCUUAUGAGACCACCGAGGAAGGAUGGAUGGAGGACUAUGACUAUGUGCAUUUACAGGGUAAGGAAGAGUUUGAGAAGAGCCAAAGGCAACUGAUGGAGAAAGGCAGCAUCAUGAAAAACAAGACGCAACUGGAGCAGCAACAGAUGAAACAGUUCGAACGACUAGAGAAGGAAGUGAGCCGACCGAUCAACAACGACUUGACUGGUUGGGUUCCAUCGUUGAGUCCCUCCCAAGGCAACCGGUCUCCUCAAAACGCCUCCUCCAAACUGUGCCAGGCUGACCGGCAACUUCUUCUUUUCUACCUGGAGCAGUCUGAGCAGAACUUCACAACCGUCAACAACGCGAUCGAUGCCUUUUUUACUGCCGUCAACGCCAAUCGACUGCCUAAGAUCUUUGUGGCUCACAGCAAGCUUGUCAUCCUUAGCGCACACAAGCUAGUUUUCAUUGGCGACACGCUAUCCCGUCAGGCCAAGUCACCUGAAGUGAGAGCGGAGGUCGGUCAGAGCAGCAACACCCUCUGUAAUAAACUCAAGGACAUUGUAAUCAGUACAAAGACAGCAGCGCUGCAAUAUCCGUCACCUGGAGCUGCCAGGGAAAUGAGUGAAAAGGUGAGGGAGCUGGCAGGAUGUACCCAGCAAUUCAAAAUGGCGCUGGGGCAGCUGUUGACGCUAUAGAGUCGAAGAUCGAAUAGAAGGACAAUAAGAGAGAUGCCGAGAGUAGGAAUUCCUCGCCGGCAUGCUAAGUGAUAACCAAGCAGCGUUGGAAACCUGGAAAACAUCUGGACAAGGUAUUUGUUUUCUUCUGUAAUCUAGAUUUGAGAGAUGCCGUAAGGAGUCUGUGACUCUUCAUGCGCUCUGACAUGCGGUCGUGGAGUUCACAGAAGCUGUCGCCCUGACCACGACCGGAUCCAAAUUAGCAGAGAGAGAGCGUGCUUGCAGCUUAUCUGUAUAUAUACAUAUGUAUAUGUAUAUGAAUAAAUUCACAGUGAAAAUAUCUAUAGUAUAGUCACGUACCAUGCAAAAUAUAAAAUAUGUUGUUUCAGAAAUUCUAGAAUGACCAUUUAUAAAUAAGAUGUGGAAGAAUAAAUGUAUAUAUAGGUGGUCGUGAGUUGUUGUUGGGCAGUUUCGCUGAUGCCGGACCGACUCAUGGUGAUCACGGCAGAUGGAUCGGGUGGAGGUCUUGGGUUUAGUUCCCAGUAGAAAGCGUUGAAUCCUUGCGCGAGAUACUGACACGCUACUUGCCGUAAAAUGGAGCGCUCCUGAUGUUGCGUUAUCCAUUUAAAGUUAUACGUCAAACUCAGGCCCGGGGGCCAAAUUCGGCCCACCAUGUAAUUAUAUUUGGCCCGCAAGACCAUAUUAAAUGUGUAUUAGAGCUGGCCCGCCACUAUAUAGCACAUGCGCCGCUAAUAUUACAAAUCCCAGAAUGCUUUGCCAGUGUGUCGGCCCAUCAGUGUAGACCGGCGAGCGCCCCUUCCCUUUCUGUUGCGGUCGUUAGCGACAAUGCUACCGGUCGCCUCGAGCACAUUUACACUUCCCCUUUCCCAAAGAUGGCCAAACGAAAAAUGCAAACGCGUCCACUUCCAAGACAGGUGGGAGGCAGCUUGUCUGUUCACUAAAGUAAACGACAGGCCUGUUUGUCGUGUGUGACGCAACGUGGCUGGAACAAAGAAUCAAACAUCAUUGAAUUCAUGUUUUUUUUUUUUUUUAUGCCCUUUAUUAACUCCUAGGCAGGGACUGUUAAUAGUUUGGAUUUUUAUUGAACGACACUCAUUUUUUUGGGUUGUUUUUUUGUUGGCCUUUGAUAAAAGAUUGACAUCAAAAAGAAGGUAGUUGGAGAUAAACAGAAGAUAGAGAGCCAAAAGAAUUCAUGUUAAAUACAAAACAACAAACAAAUACCACUGACGCAAAUUAUUAUCACAAAUUCGAUUUCUCGUGUUUAUAAUAUUAAAGUUUGAUUAUUCCCGAUUCAGUGUUUAAGCAAAAUUGAAGUCUGUUGUCAUAUGAUCAACUUUAACGCUACAUUUCUGCAGAGAAGGGAAACAUGCACAUCGCAGUGCUUUUUUAUUAAAUAUAGAGUUUGGCCCACAACGUUGUCCCAAUUUUUCAUUUUGGCCCACUGUGAAUUUGAGUUUGACACCCCUGAUUUAAAGCAUUAGAUAAGUGAAGUCCAUAUCCAAUUUGAAUUCCUGUGUCGGUUUUAUUUAAGUCAUUCCACUAAUAUACAGCGGCUGCAAUAAGUAUUUAACACGUCACCAUUUUUCUCAUUAAAUAUAUUUCCAAAGGUGCUAUUGACAUGAAAAGGGAAAAAGUAUUGAACACGCCAACUGGUAUUUAUUUAAUACUUAGUACAAAAGCCUUUGUUUGCAAUGACAGCUUCAAGACUCCUCCUGUAUGGAGAAACUAGUCGCAUGCAUUGCUCUGUUGUGAUUUUGGCCCAUUCCUCCACACAAGCAGUCUUCAAAUCUUGAAGGUUCCGUGGACUUCUUUCAUGGACCUUGAGUUUCAGUUCUUUCCAUAGAUUUUCACUUUCAUUCAAGUCAGGUGAUUGGCUGGGCCAUUAGAGCAGCUUUAUUUAUUGUUUUGUUCUUUGAAACCAGUUGAGAGUUUCCUUGGUAGUAUGUUUUGGAUCAUUAUCCUGCUGAAAUGUCCAACGUCGUUUCAUUUUCAUCAUCCUCGUAGAUGGCAGAGGAUUUUUGUCAAGAAUGUCUCGGUACAUUUGCCCAUUCAUCCUUCCUUCAAUAAUCUAGUUUACCAGUACCAUUUGCUUUAAAGCAGCCCCACACCAUCAUGUUCCCACCUCCGAACUUCACUGUUGGUAUGGUCAUGUGCAGUGCCAUCCAGAGUGGUGUGCAUUAUGCCAUCCAGAGUUCAAUUUUGCUGUCAUCCGACCAGACUAUAUUCUGAACAAGGGGCUGGACUGCUGUUUGAUUAUUGAUAGAUUUUAGGUGUUGUCUUGGCUUUCCAUGCCUUUUGCACCUCCCUUUCUUCAUGUGUUCAAUACUUUUUCCUUGUCAUUUCACAUUUUUACACAAUUUAAUUUCUGAUCUUAUUUGUUCUACUUUCUGUGUAUGUAUGGAUUACUUGGGUUGUUCCCAACAUCUGGUGAAAUUUUCAGCUCAAUAGCACCUACGGAAGUGAUUUAGUGAGAAAAUGGCGACUUGUUACUUAUUUGAGCCGCUGUAUUUGUCCCACUAUUACUGUCUAACACUGUCAAAAUGACUGCUGUGAAAAGGUCUCUGAAUUAAUACUAUCGUGGUAGUCCAAAAUCUUUGCACGCUACUUGUCUCGAGAAAAUAUCAAUGAACAUUAAACUGGAUACUGCAUUCUUAUCCUUAAAUAAACAUUGUUUAAAUUUGA